GUUCUUCGCUCCAACACAUAAUCAAUCACAUAUAUUGCGUGUUCUUCUCCGAGUUAAAUUAUAUUUCUGCAAACGCGUAAGCUGUUUGAUCGAUUCGUGAAUGGAAGCCAUCAGAAAACAAGCGUCUAGACUCAGAGAGCAAGUCGCCAGGCAACAGCAGGCUGUGCUAAAGCAGUUUGGUGGAUAUGGAGGUUCAGAUAGUGUUGUGCCUGAUGAUGCUGAACUUCUGCAGCACCAGAAACUUGAACAUCUAUACAUAUCCACUCGUGGUGCCAAGCAUUUCCAAAGGGACAUAGUUCGUGGUGUUGAAGGAUAUAUAGUUACAGGGUCCAAACAAGUUGAGAUUGGAACUAAAUUGUCAGAAGAUAGCAGAAAGUAUGGUACUGAAAGUACAUGUACCAGUGGCAGCACACUAUCAAAAGCUGCAUCAAAUUUUGCACGAGCUCGUGCUCAAAUGGAGAAAGAACGUGGAAACCUCUUGAAAGCCUUUGGCACACAGGUCGCAGAACCAUUGAGAGCUAUGGUAAUGGGAGCUCCAUUAGAAGAUGCUCGUCAUCUCGCUCAAAGAUAUGAUAGGAUGCGACAAGAGGCUGAAGCUCAGGCUGUUGAAGUUGCCAAAAGACAAGCUAAAGUAAGAGAAGGAACUGGCCAUCCAGACAUGGCUUUUAAACUCGAAGCAGCCGAAGCUAAAUUGCAAGAUCUGAAGUCAAAUGUGGCCACUCUGGGGAAAGAAGCUGCUUCUGCUAUGGCUGCUGUUGAAGGUCAACAACAGAGGUUGACACUGCAACGACUAAUUGCCAUGGUUGAAGCUGAGCGUGCUUACCAUCAACGAGUUCUUCAAAUACUUGAGCAGCUAGAAAGCGAAAUGACCAACGAGCGCCAACGAAUUGAAGCAGCUCCUGCUCCAAUGAUGGAGACUGCGUCUGCACCUCCAUCAUAUGAAGAAGUAAAUGGUGUGUCUACAUCACCAGUGCAGAAUGGAUCAACAGAUAGCAUGGGAUACUUUCUUGGGGAGGUUAUUUUCUCAUAUCAAGCUGAAUCCGAGUUGGAGCUUAGUUUGUCAGUUGGAGACUAUGUCGUCGUUCGAAAGGUUUCAAACAAUGGGUGGGCAGAAGGUGAAUGCAGAGGGAGAGCUGGUUGGUUUCCGUUUGGAUACGUUGAGAGGCGCGAGCGUGUUCUUGCAAGUAAGGUAGCUGAAGUUUACUGAAACUUUUAAGUUUCUGUGUGCGCAUUUGUUUUGUAUUUUGGCCCCCACAGUAAGGAGUACGUUCUAGCUCUAUCUGUUAUAUAUUUCCAAUUGCAUAUUUUGCAGAUUUAUGUAUUGCCUUGCCUGCUUUUUUCUUGUGUUGCAUUUUGAUAACAUCAUAUUUUUUUGUCCUUGCAUUUCUGGAAAAAACCUUAUCCAUUUCGAUUUGUUUAUUCUGCAUUGUAUCGAAAGAAAUCUAAACGUGUAACUAAUUUACCCGAAAAAUGUUAGUUUUUUCAUUUGUUUUUCUUGUAACAC